GGCCAGGGAGGAGAGAGAACCAUCCCGGAAGUUUGUUUCGUUUGGGGCGAUCUUGGAAGCAAAAUGAGCGACGAAUCGCUUACAUUAGAUUGCUUGGUCCAUAUUUUCUCAUACCUGGAGGCACCAGAUUUACUCAGGGUAGCCCAAGUGAAUAAGACAUGGCUCGAAGCAACAGAGACUGCUUCUCUUUGGAGAAAUAUGUGCCUAAAUCAAUGGACAUUCUGCAAUAUCUCAGUAACGCCAGGAAUGCAGACCUGGAAAAAGUACUACCUCCACCGUUCUAACAUUGAGCAUAAAAUGUUGUCAGGACGGCCUUCGGUUGACUAUACAUGUAAAGCCAUGAGAGGACAUCAAGGAGAGAUACAAGAUAUGGCUUACCUGUCGCCUAAUGAACACACAUUUGCCAUGGGAAAGGUGAAAUCCAUUGUGUGCACUGCAUCUGGUGAUGGCACGGUCAAGGCAUGGGAUGUCCAAGAGAGUACACAGAUUUGGUCGAGUCCCAAACAGGAAAUGAAACUAGUACAAGUUAUCACACUCCCUGAGCAUAAUCUGGUUGUCACAAGAGAUUUGUCUGGGACAAUCAAACUUUGGCAAGGGGACACAGGGAAAGAGGUUGGAGCAUUUUCAGCAGAGUCCACAUUCUGCCCUACAAUUGCCUACACAAUAAACAAUAAGCCGUUCCUAUCGGUAGCCACAUCAAGUGAAAAAAUCUAUACAUUGGCAGUUCCUGAUCUAAGUCAGAUUUCUUGCAUAAAACCAUUCCCAAAUUGUGGUGUAGAUUUGUCACCUUGUUCACCAGAUGGGCAAUCAAUAGUUGUCCUUCCUCUGGAUAGCAAUCAAGCACCAAAGGUACUUUAUACACACUAUGCAACUAAUCCAGAAGAUGAUCAACUGAUGUUUUCUAGUCCUCUGCCAAUCAACAACAGUGUUUUUGCCACCUGUUGGUUACCAGCAGAACCAGCAAGAAUAGCCCUAAUGCAUGGAGAAGAUCAAAGCUAUAACAUCACGACCUUUGAUAUUACCAUACAGAAGUCUAAAUAUAAAAUGAAUAUUAUGUCUCAACAGGUUGCAACCUUCAGAUUACCAAGUAAACAUAUAUUUACAGAAUACAGGACCAUUGCAGGAUUUGGUAAACAAACACUUGUUAUAGCAUUCAAUAUGGAGCUGAAAGUAUACUCCCUGAAUGGGGCUGAAUUAAACGCUUUCCAAGAUCACGUGAAGACGAUUACAUCAAUAUGGGUGGAUCCUUUUCGUGUUGUCACAUCUUCCUUAGAUCUCUCGCUCCGUGUAUACACCUGGAAAAAUGACAACAAAACCUCUUCCCUCGUUAGUCGCUAUCAUCUAGUAGGGGGGUCUCAUAGAUGGUCAAGAGGUUUUACAAAUGUGGCCUGUGAUGAUGUCAGUAUUGUUGGUGUAGUUGCUGGAGUGGAGCAGACAGACAUUUUAAGAGCAUACAGCUUUGAUCUGUAAGACUUAAUUCCAUUCAGCAUCCAUCUAAGAGACUCAACAUUAAUCAGCGUAACAGUCUCAUGAAUCCAUAUAUAUAGGAGCACAACUAGUUUUUUAAAAGUCACUAUUAUAAAGUUUAUACAAAAAUAAAACACUUGUAUCUUGUACAGAC